AUGCCUUUCUCCAAGUUCAGCAGCGGCGUCGCAAGCAGCAUGAACAAGACCCACCUCACCAUCGACACCGAAGCAGCGAACAACCUCCUCGCGAACAGCGCACCUCCCACCGGCCAAACCUCCUCCGGCGACUCCCUAGCCAUCACGAAAUCCACCUCCCUGACGGCCCGCCCCGCCAACCCCAGCACCCUUCACAAGGUCACCACCAACCCCUCCCUCCCCAAAAGCUCCGCCCCAGCCGCCCGCCCCCCUCCCGCCCUAACCCCCCACCAAGCCGCCUACGCCUGCCCUCCCCUCCCCGCCUCCUGGACCAGCGCGCACGACCAGGCGAUCUGCAUGCUGGACGCGAAGCAGGUGCCCGUGACCUCCAUCGCCGCGCGGCUCAAGCGCGCGUUUCCGGACCUUAGGGGAGUGGCUGUCACGCCGGCGAUGGUGGAGAGGAGGCUUAGGUGUUUGGAUCAGAUCCCUGAGGUUGACUAUUGGAGACGGGCGCUUGCGGGGGAUGACGAAGGCGGAGGAGAGGGGAGAUUAGCGGGGAAGGGGAAGGAGAGGGCUGCUGAUGCACUGCUGUCAACGCCUACGGAAGCUGAUUUUGUGCUCUCGCCCACUUCUGGCGCUGCUGGGGAUGGCGGGGGUGAGGCGAAGGGGAAGGGAACGAGGAAGGGGGUGUACUGUAGUAUCAGGGACGCGGCAUUGGGGAAAGAGAACAGGAAGACGGACAAGGGAAAAGAGAAGGCAGGGCUGGAGGACGGACAUCCACCUCGGCGAGUACCUGUGGGUAGGGCGAUAUGA